AUGGCAUCUUCAUGUUUAGGAACUUUAUCAUUCCCCAACCCCUCUCUACUUUCCCCAAAAACCAAACAUAUGACUUCAACAAGGAGAACAGUUGUUAAAGCAUCUGUCACAGAAAAACUUGGAAUCAAGAUUGAGAAGAACCCUCCCGAGUCCAAGCUCACUCAACUUGGUGUUAGACAAUGGCCCAAAUGGGGUUGUCCUCCAAGUAAUUUUCCAUGGACAUAUGAUGCGACAGAAACAUGCUAUCUUCUGGAAGGAAAAGUGAAGGUCACUCCUAGUGGAGCUAAUGAGGCUGUUGAAAUUGCUGCUGGUGACUUGGUUGUGUUUCCUAAAGGAAUGAGUUGCACUUGGGAUGUUUCUGUUGGUGUUGAUAAGCAUUAUAAAUUUGAAUAA